AUCAAAAUUCAAAAUUCUCACCAUAACGUCGUUAUAAACUUAUAGUUAAACGGCUAAUAAAAUAAUAUAAUUUCGUACGAAUAUACAAUGUAUAAUAAUAUUAUUUGUAAGCCGGACAGCACAAAUAUUGUAAUAUAUCUGCAGAAAAAGUAAAAAAUAUAUUUCCCUAAAUUAUAUAAAAAAAUAUACCUAAUAUAAAACAUAGUAUUAGUAAUGUCAUUAUUGUGGCAAUAUAUUAAGUAUGCGAAAAAAAGGUACCUACGUGAGUACACAACAUCCGUUUUCGAUCCGUAAAUGAACAGAAUGUAAUCAUAAUAAUAAUAGUAAUAAUAUUAGUACCUAAUCAACUGCACCUCAGUACUACAUAUAAUAUUAUUACCAUCUCGCAACGGUAUCGUUUCGGUUAUCUACCGACUAGGUACCGAGUAAAUAUUACUGAUCGUUUGCGGUUCAGAGUGGCGCCACGUCGUCGUCGUCUUAACUUCUUAUCUUUAGACGUCUAGACGGCGUUAGCGGGGACGGCCGUCUUCCGAUGCCGAUGGUCAUUUAUUAUUUCGGUCACGUUGCGCACACUUAACAAAAUGAACGGAAAAUCAGUGUUUUCAAAUUAAUCUCAAGUCGUAAUCGAUGUUUUGGAUCACGGUCUGUUCCUUACAAAUGCCAUAGAAUGGAACGAAUAUGGAGGCUGCUACAAGCGGCUUCCUUUCUCGUACCGUUACUACAAAACGUGUUAUCAGAUAGCUCAGACGUGUUUGAAAAUGGAAAAUCAGACAAAGAGAUACUCGAUAAUUUGGUGAACCCAAACAGAUAUGACAAAAGAUUAUUGCCACCAGUGGACGAUCAAGAUUUUUGUUGUGGGAUGAAAACACCUCAAGACGUGAGAGUGAUACUUCCUUCGGCCAACAGACAUCCUAUUCGUAAAGGGCCUUUGUUAGUAAAUGUCAGUGUGCUAUUACUCAGUCUGGCCUCACCCGACGAGUCUAGUUUGAAGUACGAAGUUGAAUUUUUACUGCAACAACAAUGGUAUGACCCUCGUUUGCGGUACUCGAACCAAAGCAGGUAUGAUUUUCUAAAUGCUAUUCACCACCACGGGGAUAUUUGGGUCCCGGACACGUAUUUCAUCAUGCACGGCGAUUUCAAAGCAUCGCUAAUACCAGUACACUUUUCUCUGAGGAUCUACAGGAACGGCAGUGUCCAUUAUUUAAUGAGACGCCAUUUGAUCCUGUCUUGCCAGGGUAUAUUGAACAUAUUUCCGUUUGAUGAUCCGCAGUGCACGUUUUCAAUGGAAAGCAUAUCAUAUGAAAUGUCAGCUAUAAAAUAUGUGUGGAAAAAUGAUGAAAGCACUUUGAAGAAGUCACCAUCGUUAAAAACUUUAAAUGCAUACUUAGACCGAAAUCAUACAACUGAAUGCCCGUCUACUGGCAGUUGGAGAGGUAACUAUAGCUGCCUUGAAGUGAAUUUGAUUUUUACCAGAGACAGAGCAUUCUAUUUUACUACGGUUUUCAUACCUGGUAUAAUAUUGGUGACUUCAUCAUUCAUCACGUUCUUUCUUGAAUGGAAUGCAGUGCCGGCAAGAGUAAUGAUAGGUGUAACUACAAUGUUGAAUUUUUUCACCACAUCGAACGGUUUCCGAAGUACUCUGCCAGUGGUAUCAAAUUUAACAGCCAUGAACGUUUGGGAUGGCGUGUGUAUGUGUUGUAUAUACGCCAGUUUAUUGGAGUUCGUGUUAGUAAACUACGUGGGACGAAAACGUUCAGACUGGCCGUUACCAAUUGUAUACCAGAAUAAAGAUCAAGACUACAAACAAAUAACGCAAAGUGACAAGACCCAAGGGGAAUGUUCCAGUUGUGGGCAAGGGGCGUGCACACAUUCGUUAUUACACAACACCUGCCCAUCAAAAACAGAAGAGCAAAAUAUCAGAAGCAACGGCGGCAACAAACGUAAAAUGCCGCCACACCCGAUACGGAUCGCUAAGACCAUCGACGUCAUCGCUCGCAUCACAUUUCCUACGGCAUACGCAGUGUUUCUGAUAUUCUUCUUCAUUCAUUACACUAGUCAUCCAAGCCAUUGGUCCCAGUAGACAUAUUAUUAUGUAUUAUACGGGUGGCUCAAGAAGCUCAACGUUUAUAUAUAGCAAUAUAAUAAUAAUUUAAUAUAAUAUUAUUCUAAAUACGAUCAAUACCGGUAUUGUUUACAACUUUGCAUUGGACUAAUAAAUUCAGGGGUCCAGUAAAAUGAUUCUAGAUCUAUAGAAACGAAAUUAAUUAGACUUGAUGAAAAAAAUCUCAUACCACGGACAAAAAACAUUUAUAAAGUGUAAUGAUAUUUGGUUAGGUAAAAUUAAAUGUGUACAUUAUGAGGAAAAAUAAAAACGUAAAUAUUUUUUAUUAUUUUUAAUUCUAUUCAAAAAAACAACAAAUUAUUCUUAACUGUAGCAACGCUAUUAAACUUCUAAAUUAUUUUGGUACUGUGGAUAUCUUUCUCGUGUAGCUAUGUGUGUAACUAUCUAGACAUAUUUAGGCAUUAUAAUCAAGUAAUAAUUUCAGAACUCACCCAAAGAAAAUAAUUUUUAAUUAUAAGAAGCAUUAAAUUACCGCUACAAAAAUACCAACUGGAAAAUAAUCCAACCCGUCUUAUAAGUUAGUUAAAAAAAAAUUUAAACACAUCAUUUUAUAAUAUACCUAUUAUUAUAUUAUGUUUUGUAUUGCCUACCUAUAUGCGUUUAUUGUUUAAUAAAUUACCGCGAUGUCGAUAUUAUAUAUUGUAGGUACUUACCUACUUAUGAAGAUUUUUUUUCCGUUGUUUGAGAUUUAUUUUUUCAAGAUUUUUUACCCAAUAGGAACCACUAAUUAUGUAAUAUCAUUUACAUAAUAAAUAUAAUACUAUCAGAUAUUCCGGCAAAUGGUAGGAAGUUGGCGUGCAGUAUUUUUGUGAUCGUACAAUGCAGAAGUUAUCGAACGACAGUUGUAGGUAGUUGUUGCGUGUAGGUACAGAUAUCAACGCAUUGGACGCAUUGACUUCAUUAACUAUUAUAAGUGCAAUGUGCAUAGGCGCAUAAUAUUAUAACGGUUUAAGAUACGGGUAGGUGUACUACACGGAUAUUGUAUAGACUUCAAGAUAUAAUAUUCACGUAUUUUGUUUAAUUGUAAAUUUACACUCAUGUGAUAUUUUAGUAGCAUUUGUUCGUUAAUUCUUAUUGUAUUAGGUACUAUUGUUUUUCUUUUGACAAUAAGUAACUUUUUUUAGGAUUGUAAAUUAUAAUUCGCAUAAGGUAUAUUAUAAUUGCCCCUGUAUUUUCAUACACUAUAACAUGUCUUGGUACAUGUUAGUGUUUUACUGUGUCUGUUUGAAAGUAACAAUUAAUAAUAGUCUCUUGGCCAUAUUAUUAUACCUACUACCUAGUAACUUUUUUUCUAUGUAUUCUUGUGUAACAUUUAUAUGAUUUAUGGAUCAUGAAAGCACUUAUGCUUACUUACCAUAGUUUCAAUAAAUAUUUAUCAUCCAAAUGUGAUAUGUAACUACUCCAUUCCCUGGUUCUUCAGUUGUACGAACGAUACUAAAAAGAACAAAAAAAUGUCACUUAAGUUCACCCUUAGGUACAUAUUAUCUAAAUAUCUUAAUGGUACAUUUCACCGUAACGUACAUUUCCUAAAAUUAAUAUCGUGAAAAAAAUGUAACGUAAAACUCAAACGCGCCUAUAAUCGAAAUGUUUGAUCGUAUUCGUACGGAAAUAGCCGCAUCGCAUAGUCGUGGACCAUAAAGUUAUAUUUACUUGUAUAGGCAACCGUUGAAAAAUAUACAGGUAAAACAUACUAGGCUCUCUUCAAAAUAUUUUAAUAUACUAAUAUUAUAGGUGUAUUAAUUAUACAUGUAUGAUGUAUACAGUAUUCUAUAAUAGAAUAACAAUAGUUGAUCCGAUACGGAAUCGAUACAAUUUCUAUUGGUUAUUUUUUCAUUUAUCAUCAUAGCUCAAUAAUAGUUUAUAUAAAUAGGUAUAUAUUGCGUUAUUUAUAGAUGAAGAUUUUAUUAAUAAUUCUAUUUCGAUCUGUUAAUACUUUCGGACAAUCAGAACCGUUUAUAUUAUAUUGUGUACGUCUGGAUCUUUAAACCGUUCCAAAAUGAUGCAGUAACUUAAUACACACAUACGUAUAUUGGCGCAUAUUAUAUCAGAAAUAAUUCUAAAUACUACAUUUUUUUUUAACAAACACAUCAGGAUUAGAUUUUAAACUUUUUAAAAUAAUUUAAAACCGCCUUAUCCACGCAUUGUAUAAAACGUAGGCUUAUAAAAUUUACCUAUACAUUUUACCGAAUAGGUAACGUACUCUCCGAUAUUUAAAUAUCACGUACAGGGUCUAGUGUAUAUUUUUGCAUCCAAUAUUUUAAAACUUUCAAUAGAUAUAAUCUUAUUGGAAAACAUAAAUAAAUAAAAUUAUAGAACAAUACUGUCAACCAAACCCACCACCAUUGUACGUCCUGCAUUAAUGCCUAUAUAUAUAUUAUAUAUGUUACUACUAAUGACUAAUCACAAUAUAAAAAAAAAUAUUCUUUUUGAAAAAUAGUUUGGGUGUAUAAUCAAGAAAUGUUUAAAAAUGUUCCAACUUACUUAAUAAUAAAGUUCGAUUGUUUAGUUUAAAAAUAUUUAUGCAACACAAGUUUCGUCAAUUCCUACGUUAUUAAUUUUACUUCGUGUAUAAGUAAUAAAGUUGACAAACAUUUUAUUAAUUAUCUACCUAUAUAUUAUUAAUUCAAAUUUUUUCAUUAAUUUAAAAUAGAAUGUCGAUUUUUAUAAUAAAAGAAAAUAAUAUGUAGGACGUAUAGGUAGUAUAGUAUACGUCAUAUUGUAUAAUAAUAAUAAUAACAACAAUAAUAAUAAUAAUAACAAUAAUAAUAAUAAUAAUAAUAAUAAUUAUAAUAAUAAAUUAGGUCCUUAUUUUUUGAACAGAACUACAAAUUGUGUACCUACUUACUCCCAUAAAUGCAAUUUGCGCCGUUAAAAAAAAAAUACAAACACACGCACAUUCAAAUUGUACGGCAAUUCACAACAUUUGUUCAUCCUUAACAAAACUGUAAUUUUUGCUUUGUGCUUCGACAGUUAGUAUAAAAAAUAACAUCAUUCAUUUUAAAUUAUUACAAUAAUAGUCAUUAUUUUAUAUAGGUAGUCAGGUAGAUACUUUUUAAUUAUGACACAAUAUCAAUGUGUAUCAUUGCCUUAUUAGUUGAUUCUAUUUUAUAUAUUUUUUAUAACCACACAUAAUACAAAUUUUUUUUCAUUCUGUGUUAUCAUUUAUCGUUUUAGUCUUGUAGGUACAUCUACGUGUUUUACAACAUGCUUUAUUUUUUACCCCAUGACUUGCCUUACUUGGCAUUUCACAGAAAUUCUAGGAAUAUAAUACAGUAGAUAUUCGAUUUGCGGAGCCACACGAGUUCAAAACAUGGGAAAUCACUUAAGAAAAACGAACUUUUGGCUCUAAAAGGUCAACAGCUAUACAAUUUACAUGCACCCCGUGUCGUAAAUUAUACGUCUAAAAUAUUCUUUAUCAGCCGUGGUGCACAUGACAAAUUAUACAUAAAUCACUUUCUGUGUAUGAGUGUGGCACAAAUUAUAUAUAUUUUUUGUCAUCUUCUUGGCAAAAAUUGCAUAGUAGGUAGGUACCAAAGUCUUAAAGUCAAAACAUUAGUUUGUAAUAAUAUAUUUUAGAGCAUAUAUCAUAAAAAUUCUUAUAUUAAAAUCAAUACAAUGUUACGAUCAAAAACUUUAUAUUCAUCAUAUCAUUAAACACUAAUUUUCGUGCAUAGAUAUGACAUACAUAAUAUUUUGAACACACGACAAUAUCAAAACUAUAAAAUAGGUACCUAGUCUGCUACAGAACUAGUAUCUAUAGCCUAUUGGCUUUUAUAUUAAUAAAUAACUUAUGAAAACACAAGUCAUGUACCUAACUACUUACGUUCAAAAAGCUAUAAAAUAACCUAGGUAUUAAAUACCUAAUAGUUUUCAUUUUUUAUAACCUACCUAUUUCUAUUUAAGCCGUCGAGGUAGGCACGUCGAAAUUUAGAAUUUCAAAAUGUAAUAUAGCCAUACCAUUUACCACUUCAGUGUAUGCCGUUAUAUUUACUUGGUUUCAAAAACGGCUUAGGUAGGUACAUUUUUAGGUUACCUAGGUAACCUAUUACAAUUGUUUUCGUUGUGCUUUGUAUUUUCGUAACUUUAUUGAAUUUCUAGUGCACAACAAUAUGAGUUGUACCUAUAUCAAAAUCAAACUUAAAACAACAUUGUCAUUGAAUUUUUAAUAAAACGAUUUCUUAUAUAAGGUUAACACUUAUUUAUUUAAAAUUUAAAUAUUUUUAUAUUUUUAGAUAGGCACCUAUAUAAUUAUUAAUAUAUAUAUUAUAAUCAAUAAAAUAAACAUGUAAUAUUAUUAUGAUUAUACUCAAUAAUCGUAAUUGAUUUUUUUUCAAGACGAAAAAAUUAAAUAACUAUGUAACAAUAAAUAGGUAGGUAGGUAGUAUAUAAAUACUUAUAUUGAAAAUUAACAUUUUUCCAAGUUAUAUUAUUUCCAUUUUCACAAAAGGUAUUAAAGUGAUUUUAUUUAUUAUUUUUACAGCUAAUAGUCGAUUGAAACACUAAGUGAUAGGUAGGUAUGCAUAAAUAUUAAAAUUUGGAACCGUUGGUGAAUUAUUUUCAAUAACAUAUUCCAAUAUUGAGUAGAGUUGUUGUAUAGGAAAAUUCUCGGAAAUUAUAAAUUUAAAUGUGUCUUCUUACCUGUAGGCACUUACCUAUUAUGUCGUGGGUAACUCGCAAUACUUCCAAUGAAAGAAUUAUAUUAUUGCUGAGUGCUGACCUUCUCUCCUACUAUGAUACCUACCUAUUGAAAAGAAACGGUUUUUAAAAUAAUAUACAUAAUAUAGUUUCAUUGAUUAUAAAUAGUAUUUAUAAUCAAUGGUAAUAGGUAGAGGUAGUUUAAUAAAAUCAAAUAAUAUUAUUUUGUUCAUCAAUUUUGGAAAAAAACCAAUUAGCCCGUAAGUAAAAAUCAAUAAAAUAUUAAGUAGGUAGGUAAUAGGUAUUCAUUUUAUUAAGUUAAAAUACCUACGUAAAAGGUUAGUACGUACCUACUGCAGUCAAAAUAUAAUAUAGGUAGGUAGUAGGUACUAUUAAUCCUAGUACUUACCUAUAAAAAAAAAAGGUUAGGUUAGAUUAAGUAUCUACAAAACAACUUAUAAUCCAUUCAUACAAUAAUAUUAGCCUGACUAAAGUUAAUUUAUAACUUUUAUUAAGCUAUAACAUAGGUACCUAUAAUAUUUCGUUUUCAUUUUUAUAGUCUGAUAUAAUAUUUUAACCGCUUAGGAUUUACUGUUUGUUACGGCGUGAUACAUAAUUUAUUAUUAAUAUAGGUAGCAAACUCUAUUUUACACUAUCAUACAAUUUGCAAUCAUUACCUACUCAUUAUUGUACCGUGUACAUUCCACAUUUAUAUACAAAGGAUUCUAACACCAUUAUAGUUAUAAAAUAAAAUAAAUCAUCAUGCGUUUUCUUAUGCCUAUUUGUAUUAUCAACGACCUGUAUUUAAUAUUUAUAAUAUUUUUUUAGGUGCCUAGGUAUUAUAUAUUAUUACGUUAUAUUAAUAUAUUAUUAAUUAUUAUCAUCAUGGCUUAUUACGCUUUUCAUUUUUUCUUUUUUAAUAAAAAUGUCAAACAGCAAUGACAUUUAAAUUUUAAAUCAUAAUCGUAAUAUGUAAGUGCCUUUGUGUAGUCGUAUUGUUUUGCGAAUAAUGGUUGUAAUUUAAUAUUGUUUAUCAAACAUUAUAAUAAUGGAUCAACGGGUAUAUUUGUAAAUUGCAAAUUGUAAUCAAAGUUUAGUGGCACAUUGAACGUUAUGGAAAACACAAUAUUUCAUUGUUGCGUGUGCGUAUAUUUUAUUUGGGUAUUUUUAAGCAGUCAAGCAUAUCAAUUUACGCUGUGUUAUUAUUUUUAAAGUUGUAUAACUCGUAUUAAUAUUAUUAUUAUUAUUAUUAUUAUUAUUGUUAUAUGUCUAUAGUGGCAUUGGCAUAAUGAUUUAAAUUUUUGUUAGUUCGUUUUCAUUACCUAUAUUAUGGCAAUUAUUAAUUUUUUUUCUGUUUGCAUUGUUAUUUUUUUAUAAAAUAUUAUUUUAGAAAAUGAAAAACAACGUUACUGCUAAUUGCUAAUCGUACUCAUGAAAUAUUGAUACAUUUUAUAUUCUCAAUAUAAUAAUAUAAUAUAGGUAAUAUACUAAUUAUAUAUUAUAUUAUUAUUUAUUAUACAUAAUUAAAUGUCAAAUUGUAUAGUUUACUGUUUAACAGAUAAUAUUUAUAAUAUUUUAACAUAUUCAGUAGUCUUAGAUUUAAUUUAUAUAAAAUUUAUAAAUGUACCUAUAUAAUAUAAAUAAAAUAUAUGACUUUAGCUGAGUUUAGAUUUAAUAUAAUAUGUAAUUUAAUAUCAAUUUUAAUUUUCUUUAAAUCAUAGCGUAGCUACAUAAUUUGUAGUUUUUUCUUAACUAAAAAUAGUUUUAAAGUAUUUUUUUGGCAUUUGUUAUUUUAUACACAGGUACUCAUUUUUCUUGUAAUAAAAAAAUAUAUAAAUAUAGAUAUUUAUAUUAUUAUAUAAUAUAUUUGAUACACAAAUAUUUUAUGAUGUUAUUAUGAGUAGUUGACCAAUAACUGCAUAACAUCUACACACCACCUACCUAAACUUUAAAACGUACAUAACAUACCUACUAUUUUAAUACUUAAUUGAAAUCAGUGACUUAACUUUUAAAUAUUUUAUAUAAUUCAAAUUAUUAAUAAACUAUAAAACUAUGAUGUUGAGGAUGCCGGAUUCUAUUGUUUUUAAACCAAAAAAAUAAUUAUAAUUAAGUUUAUAAAUUAAUGAUUAUUCAGAGGUGUAAAUGUAUAUGUUUUAUUUGUUUAAACAACAAUAGAAGUACUCACCUAAGUGAUUUUCCUGUGUAAAUGUGUAAUACAUAUAUCAAAAUUAUCAAAAUU